CAGUUUGAAUUUGCUGACGGCGGUCUCACGUCCUGUUAGCCACCGGACCGCUCCCUUUCAGCUUGAGCAGCGAGGUCUUUCUCAGCCCUUGAUUUGAGACCCGCAGCCUCCACCGAAGCGCCAUGGCUCCGGCUAGGAAGGGCGGCAGUCGGGUAACCAAGACCAACUCGUUACGGAGCCGGAAGCUCGCCUCCUUUCUUAAGGACUUCGAUCGUGAAGUGCAAAUACGAUCCAAGCAAAUUCAGUCAGACAAGCAGAACCUCCUCAAGGAGAUGGAUAACCUGUACAACAUCGAGAUCCUGCGGCUCCCCAAAGCGCUGCGCGAGAUGAACUGGCUCGACUACUUCGCCCUGGGAGGAAACAAGCAGGCCCUGGAAGAGGCAGCAACAGCUGACUUGGAUAUCACAGAAAUAAACAAGCUAACAGCAGAAGCUAUUCAGACACCCCUGAAAUCUGCCAGAACACGAAAGGUAAUACAAGUGGAAGAAAUGAUAGUGGAGGAAGAAAAAGAAGAAAAUAGAAAUAAAAAACCUCAAACAGCAAGAGUCAAAAGGUGUCCUCCAUCCAAGAAGAGAACCCAGUCCAUACAAGGAAAAGGCAAAAGCAAAAGGUCAAGCAAUUACAACACUAUUACCCCAGCUGUGGGCCGGAUGGAGUUGUCUAUGGUGAAACCAACGCCAGGACUGACUCCCAGGUUUGACUCCAGGGUCUUCAAGACCCCAGGCCUGCGCACUCCAGCAGCCCGAGAACGGAUUUACAACAUCUCAGUGAAUGGCAGCCCUCUUGCCGACAGCAAAGAGAUCUUUUUGACUGUGCCGGUGGGAGGUGGAGAGAGCAUGCGGUUACUGGCCAGUGACCUGCAGAGGGUCGACAUCGCACACCUGGACCCAGAGUCCUUGGGGAACAUUCAGCAGCUCUCCAGCCGUCUUGUCCAAAUCUGCAGCAGCAUACGGACUCACAAAUGAGGCUUCUAAUCCAAGAAACCAUACUUGACAGGAUGGAUCUUCCGUGGGCAUUUCUGGGACCUUCUUCCCUUAAAGCUUAUUGAGUGUUUGAGUGUGAAGUUCCAGAGCAAGGAGUGGUGUUCCUCUUGGAGAAUUCGGGAAGUGAGGACACUGGUCCCCCAUCAGUUAGAUAAAGCUUUGCUAUUCACACCUCCCUGUCCAGGCAACAAAGACACUGCCUGCUGCGUCCAUUGCCAUGAAAGCUUCUUGUCCUCCCUGCUGAAUUCUCCUUUCUGCUCGCAGAGCUGCAGGCUGCUGCCUGCUGUAACUCAGCGUCCUCUGCCCUGCCCUGAUCCCAGUGGAGGGGGCAUGGAAGACCCUCGUGUUCCUGGGAAGACUGCCUACUCACCAUCACUACUGUGAUGAGGAUCACAGAACCCUCUGCGUCUGGUGUCGCUGCUCUGUUUGUGCUUGAAGCUGGGAGGUUUGGGCUCAAAGAAGUGAGUUCUGGGCCAUGAAAGGGCAGAUCCAGAAAGCUGGGAGGAACCAUACAAAUGGGGCCAGGACAGCGGGACAGGAUGAGUCACAGCAGUGACCACAGCAGGAUACACCUCCCCCUCCCACACCCAUCCCCUCCUCCUGUGGUGGGUACUCAGUGGGGCUUUGGAAUCGGAUUGCUAUGCUCAGUAGUUUUUUUCAGGCUGGCUUAUGGAACGGUGUUUUGUAUUUAUCUGUAUACUGAAGACCAAAAAUUGGUUUGGAGGCAGUUUCCAUGUCUUGCUCCUCUACCUCUCCAUUUAGUGGGAAUUUGGGUAAGGAACUGUGGGACUUAGAUGAGUCUGGGUUUUUACAUGACUGGCACAUAGGAACUCUAAGCUCUCCAUGGUCCAGUGGUCCCUGCCAGGUCUGUAGACUCUGCAGAGAGCACUUCUCUCAUGGGCUUCACUGGGGCAGCGGGUGUAACUGGUAUGGUGGUCUCAUUCCACGUGUGGGCUGUGUCCUGGGCAUGGACCAGUUCCUCACCGUCAGCAUAGACCCCUGUGUGCCAGUCGGCGCCUCUGCCCCCAAGAAUCAUGUGAUUGUGGUCCAAGAAUAUGGGAGCUGAGCGCUCCCACCCCAGGUUUGAGAGCACAGUUCCCUCGUGUGGCUCUUUGGUGUACUGUGUAUUAAUUUGCUGCGUGACCAAUCUAGUAAUCCAGUCCUAUUUAAGUUGUCUUCUUUUCAGGUUGUUUCAUUCUCUCUUUCCUGAGACUUUUGUACAUACCGUUUUCCUCAGCAAUGGUGUCUCUAAGCUGAUGUCUUCUAAUCAGCUACUGAAAGGUAUCUUUUUUCAAUAAAUUGUGGGCUUGCUUUUAA